AUGGCCACCAGCUCGACCUCAAGCUCAAGUCCAUACGAAAUCAUCGACAUUGGAGGCAGCAAGUUAUGCGAGUACCUCUUGAGGGCACUCCAACGCAAUUUCUUCAAUCACUCCGAAGGCGAGGUCCCGUACAUCAGCGACAUUUUCGCGUCGACUGACGAAGGACUGCAACUUUGGAGCACCAUCACCUCCCUCCCGACAUCGUACCAGACGCGAGAAGAGAUGGACCUUCUGCACCGCUGGCGCACCGACAUCGCGAAGCAUAUUCGGCCAGGUUCGUCCCUGUUCGACCUUGGGAGCGGGUGA